AUGAGAUUCGCAGGUGCUUUUUUCUUAUUUUCUAUUUUGGCAACUGUAUUUGCCUCCAAUGUUAUCGAAGCCACUGACAAGGACUUUAUUGAUAUCGUCCAAACUCCUGGCACAUACUCUUUUGUGAAGUUCUACGCCACAUGGUGUGGACAUUGCAAGACCUUGGCUCCAAUCUGGGAAGAAUUGGCUGAUGUUUAUGCUCCUUCGAAAAAUAUCCAAAUUGUGAGCAUUGACGCUGACAAGUACUCUAGAAUAGGGAACAGAUUUGGCAUCAAGGGCUUCCCAACUCUAAAGAUGUUUGUUGCCGGUGAGGCUCCAAAAGAUUAUCAAGGCAAGCGUGAACUUGACAGCUUUAUCAAGUUCAUUGAAUACGCCACUGGUACCAAAACUCCUACUAUUGCCGCAGCCAAGGAUCAUAUUGAUUACUUUGAUGAUGACACUUACAAGCAAAAAAUUGAAGGCAAGCACGGGUUUUUCGCAAUUACCGCUUCGUGGUGCGGAUACUGUAAGCAAUUGAAGCCUAACUGGAAACAGUUAGCUAGUGCUUUCAAAAAUGAUGACUCUGUCGUUAUUGGUGAUGUUAUUGCGAGUGAUGUUGCUGCCGAAGAAAUCAAGGAUAAAUUUGAUGUCAAAAGUUUCCCAACCAUCGUCUAUGUUGCCCCUGGGGAUGUCAACAUCGAAAAUGCUGAAUACUAUCAAGGUGGCAGAAGUGCCGAUGAGCUUGUUGCUUGGGUUAAUUCGAAGACCCAUAUCGGUAGAAAAUCAGAUGGUAAGCUUGAUGAGUCCGCCGGUAAAUUAGAAAUCUUCAAUGACAAGAUCCAGGAUCUUUUGGCUAGUAAGGGCUUGGAUGAAGCCAAGGAUCAACUUUCUGAGCUUAAAGAUACCAGUAUUGCUUACUCAGCAAAGUAUUACGGUAAAUUACUCGAUAAGAUUUCUUCUGGGGAAUCCGGGUAUUUUGCCAAAGAAUACGCCAGAUUACAAGGCAUUUUGAAGAAAGGAAACUCACUCAAUGACAAGGUUCAUGAUAAUUUAAUCAAAAGAAUCAAUAUUUUGAGUCAAUUCUUGGGUGCAGAUGACAAGGUUUCAAGAGAUGAAUUGUGA